AUGCUUCAUGCUCCACAGUCCGCCGAGAACAAGCUCGCCGCCGCCAAGUCGGCCGUUGCUACUGGUGAGUGCACGGCUUCUGAUCCCUUCGCGAGCGGGGUGCCUUUACCGCCGCGGCCAUCGUACACUCGUCGCUGACCGAGCUCCGCCUCUGCGAUCGUACUCUCUACCAACCCCCAUAGAGGCGCAGAAGAUCUCCGCCAAGGUCGACUCGGGCAAGAUCGAGCUCUACUCGGGCAAGUACUACUACACGUGCGCCCUCGGUGGUGCCGUCGCUUGCGGUGCGACCCACGCUCUCGUCACUCCUCUCGAUUUGGUCAAGUGCCGAAAGCAGGUCAGUGAUUCUCGUCGAUGCGCCAUGUCAAUCCCGAGGCGUCACCGGAAAAUUGAAUGCUCUAUCUGCCGUCCUACGCCUCGCGCCGCCCAUCCAGGUUGACAAGAACUUGUACAAGUCCAACAUGGACGGAUGGACCAAGAUCAUGAAGACCGAAGGCGGCUUCAAGGGUCUCUAGUGAGGCGAAACUCGGUCACGAGAUAUUGCAGAGAGUGGGAUGGGGUUGUUGACGAGAUGGCUUCGCUCCGUAUGACAGCACCGGUGUCGGCCCCACGUUGCUCGGUUACUCCAUGCAAGGUGCCGCCAAGUACGGUUUCUACGAAUACUUCAAAAAGACCUACGCCGACAUGGCCGGCCCCGAAAACGCCGUCAAGUACAAGGAUGCCAUCUACCUUGCCGGUUCCGCCUCGGCCGAGUUCUUCGCCGACAUCGCCCUCGUCCCCGUAAGUUUGUGAAGGCGAAGUACUUCGCAUCGACGCGGCAUCCUGAAACGUCGUCUUACCCUUCUCUCGUCAUCGCGCACAGAUGGAAACCGUCAAGGUCCGCAUGCAAACCACGUUCCCUCCCUUCGCCUCGGGCGCCCUCAACGGUGUUAACAAGGUCGUUGCCUCCGAAGGAGCUGGCGCGUGAGUGUCUUCGGGUCGCAGCAGCAGAUUUCGUGCCCCCUCCACCCAUUCCAGACUGACUCCCUUGCCUGUCACCGAUCUUUGUUGCAGUUUGUUCAAGUCGCUCCCCUCGCUCUGGUCCCGUCAGAUCCCCUACACGAUGAUGAAGUUCUGGUCCUUCGAGGGCUUCGUCCAGGCCAUUUAUGCUCGCAUCCCCAAACCCCGAUCGGAAUGCACCAAGCUCGAGCAGCUCGGUGUCUCGGCCGCUGCCGGUUACGCUGCCGGUGUCUUCUGCGCCAUCGUCUCUCACCCUGCCGACACCAUGGUCUCGAAGCUCAACGCUCCCCUCGCGCCCGGCGCCGCCAAGCUGACCGUCGGUACCAUCUACAAGGACAUCGGCUUCAGCGGUCUCUGGGGUGGUCUUGGUACUCGUAUCAUCAUGAUCGGUACCCUCACCGCUCUCCAAUGGCUGAUUUACGAUACCUUCAAGGGUACGUUUUCUUGUGCAACUGGCUCGUUGUGCCCGGAUCAUUCCUGCUGACCCAAUGCCCUGACUCCCCGCCCGUCAUAGUCACCAUGGGUCUCCCUACCACCGGUGCCGCCGAGCCCAAGAAGUAA